UUCAUGGUGUUUUCAGCUUGAUCAGCAAAUUCCUCAAGAAGAAGUAAAGGCUGGCCAUGGCGAGCCGGCAUAAAUAUUAUAGUGCACCGGCUGGUGUUAUAUCUCAUUUUAAUUUUUUCCAUACAUUUCAGAAUUUUCCAACAACAUGUAUUGUGUGCAUAUUGUAUCUAUAUAGAUGUGAAAGUCUUGGUGGAGCAUUCAUUGAAAUAUUCCCGCUUUCUCUGACUGCAGACGACAUGGAUUUCAUUAUAUUAGCACAACGUGCGUAUUGCACAAAACCUCCUGUCUGUCAGUCCGUAUAUAGACCAAUCCAUGAUAUGAACGUGACGUUUCUAGAAACACGACUAAAGUACCAAAUAGACAUAACACCAGCAAAUUGCUGUGAAAAGUGUCAAUGUGAUAAGACAUGUUGCUGCGGUACGGACGAUAAAACCGAUAACGACUUGGAUGGUAUGUCGUGCGUCUAUCCCCAGAUAAAACAGUGGAACAUGAUCACCAACGUCUAUCCUCACAGUAUAAAAUCUUAUUGGCUGAAGGAUUGUCCUUAUUUUGAUAUCAAAAACUUGCAGAUACACCAAAAUUGUUACAGGCAACAGGAUGAAAGUGGAAUCUUCUCACCUCCAGUUUUUGACAUCAAAAACAAUAUAACAUACAUGAAUGUGUACUGUGCUCAGUGUAACAAUAGAAGUACCAACUUUCUUGUACCAUGGGAUUCCAGUAUUGAAUGUAUAGAUGGACCAUUUCAGACGACAACAUCUGAUGAUAUAAUAGGAGAAGUGCUUAACAAUACAAACUGUAACUUGAUAUUCUAUCCCCCUGAAAAUGUAAUGGUUCCAGAGUGCUUUCACUUAAUAGAUCGCUGCAAUGUCACUGGGAAAUGGGCAGUUUAUGACGCUGUCAUAGUUAAAGCUUGCAGCUUAUACACAGCACCUUAUGCAGUGUUAUACAAAAAUGUAUUUUGCUACAUAUGUAACAAAGAAGUAGAAGGAAAUAUUAUAGAAAAGUGUAACCCAGAAAGUAGCGAUCCAAAUAAAGGGAGAAAUAUGUUACGAAUGCUGCUUUACCAAGGUAUCGACACUUCUAGCGAUGGAAUAGAAUUGGUUGAAGAUACACAUCAUAAACACUGUGCUGGCAAAACGAUAUACGAUGCAUUACAGAAUAAAUGCGUCAUGGCGAUGUGUAUGCCCCCAAGCAUAUUUCUGAGAGGUGGCUGUGUCAAUGUUGCUAGGCGAUUUGGUGGAAUCAUGUACAGAAUGUUCCUCGUGCUAAUACCAAGGUUUACGAUGGACAAUGUCAUGUCUGAGGUCAAUGAAAUAGAUAAGUACAUCACAACUUGGCUAGAUAGCAUCGGUCUUCUUGGUAAAUUAGAUAUAAUAAGUAUUCACGAAAAACAGCAACCGUCAUGCAACAAACGAAAUUCUAUUGGCAGAUUUCUUGUAGUCCACAUGGACCUCUGUAUCAAAAAUCAAUAUGAGGAAUUAGUUGAGACAACGAGCAUAAACAAAUUAAUGAAUAUAAAUUAUAUCGAUAUACAUUCAAAUGAUUCAACAAAGUUAAGUACAAAUAACUACUUCGUCUAUAUUGACCAUUUUGACCUAUCGUACAAUGCAAUGUCAUCCACCAUCACAUUACAAGAUGAAAAUGAAAACGGAACAAGAGCAACUUUAAGACGUAUCAAGGAAAGAAGACACUACAAGUCGUGUCCAGAUCUUCAUGCAAUGACCUUGUAUCCUACAUCCGUUUGUCCACUUAUGAUUUUGAAUGAUUCGUUUUACAACAUAAGUAUUUUGAGCCGAGGUGUUUUCAUCGGCCGACUAAAUGUUGGCCUUAACAAGAGUGAGUAUAUCAUACAAGAUGGAAGCGUAUGUGACGAAAUGAAAUGCGUUUUUGUGUGUUUAGAUACCUUUAACAGGCUUACAGCAAAUAAUGAAGUCUUGUUAAAUAUUGGAACAACUUUUUGUCAUACUUUGAUUCUUACCUUCAUCACUGUUGUUGUUUUAAUCAAGCUUUUGCAAAUCUAAUGUUGACUUUGACGUCAUAUUGCAUUUUAUUUAAUUCUUCUUUGAUUUAUUUUAUUUGACGUUUUAGUAGAUUUAAGUA